AUGGGUAACCUAUCCGUUAGAGAAUGUGUAACUAAAGUUUAUCAAGCUGCUCGUGACGGUUCUUCUGAUCUGGAGAAAAUUUUAAAGCGGCUGAAAACAACUGAGCAAAGAAAAACCGCUUUGGAAACAAAAACUAAAGAUGGCAGCCACUUUGUCACUCCUCUUAUCAUCGCUGCUCACAAUGGACACCUGAAUUCUGUGAAGAUUCUUCUAGGAUAUGGAGCACACGUCGAUGCUCGAGGAACACUUAAGAUAGCUAACGAAGUUAGAAAGGGUUGUACACCUUUAUGGGCCGCUGCUGCUUCUGGUCAUCUUGAUGUUGUUAAACUGUUUAUUAACGAAGGUGCCUUUGUGGAUCUGCAAGACGAAGAUGGCGACACUGCACUUCAUUACGCUGUGAAAGGGGGGCACUUAGAGAUAGUCAGCGUGCUUUUGGCUCUUGGAGCAUCACAACUGCCAAAUAAUCUAGGUUUAGCACCACUUCUUUAUGCCUGUGAUAAAUGUUUCAUUGAAAUCGUGGAGUAUCUUAUCGACAGAGCGGAAUGUACAAAGGAACAGAGAAUUGAUGCUCUUGAACUUCUUGGUGCCACCAUUGCUAACAAUGAUACAUCUUGUGAUACUAAGAAAGCUUUUAGUUACAUGAAACGCGGAAUGGAGAUGAGAUACCAAUACCCGGCACAUCCAUUGCUUAAAAAGAAAAUGGAACCUGUGGAAGCUUAUCAAAAUAGAAAAGAGAGUCAAACUCUUGAGGAACUUGCUCUUUUAGAAGGUGAUGAUCAUGCUAUCGGCAUGGAAGGACUUAUAAUCAGAGAGAGAAUCCUUGGGUCUGACAACCUAGCAAAUCCGCUGAAAAUCCAUUACCGGGCAUGUGUUUUAGCUGACUCUGAGGAGUACGAGCUUUGUUGUGGUUUGUGGCAACGUGCGUUUGAGAAAAAGGUGAAGAGCGCUGUUGCAAUAACACUAAAAGAUCUUGAUGACCUUAAAGAUUUUGCAGCUUUGUUUGGAAUAAUGGUACAAAAAGGUGUACCUUUAAGACUAGAUUUUAUUGAACGCGUUUUUGAAGCACUGGUUGCUGCAAGUGAGAACGCGCGAGAGGAGCAUGAAAACGAGGAGCAAGAAAAAACGCUUUACUGCGCUCUCUAUCUUUUGAUGAUAUACAUCAAAGUUAAAGGUCAAAACGCCAACAUGACUGACUUUCUACAAAGAUUCUUGCGUUUAAACCUUCGAACCAAUGAUGGGAAUACUUUACUGCACUUAGUUGCAUGGCAUGAAACCCCAAUUUUUUUGUAUGGUGACCAGCAAGACAUAAUCAUAAUGCAAAGUGUGUGCAAGUUUCCAUGUGUUGAGACCAUGAAGCUUAUUUUACACGCAGGGUGUGAUGUAAAUGCCGUUAACACCGAGGGAAAGACACCUCUCCAUCUAGCUGUGACGUUCAAGCCUGCUGACCCUAAAGAAGUCGUGAUUUUGUCAGAAAUGCUGCUGUUGCUGUUAGAAAUAGGUGCAGACCCAAAGCUGCCAAACAAGAAUGGUCAAACACCACUGCACAGCUGUGAGACUGACGAGGCUUGUAGAAUACUGUCAGAGAAAAGAGGACUGAGUGUCGACGUUGGAGAUGUAAGAAAGGUUUAAAUGUUAACAUAUUAUAUUUUGUAAAUUUUUUUCUGUCACUUCUGUCACGAAAUGAGAGGAGUACUUAUUUCCGUGUCCAAUGUUGUGUUUAUUAUAAAUACGUCACACUUAAUUAAUUUCCAAAGUCGUCUUUUCGGAUGAAACGAUCCAUCGCAAUGCCGUGAUAGCCACAAAAGGCAUAUUUGGUAGCAGCAUGUACAGAAGCCACCUAGAUUAAGCUAUAUAAUAUAGCUAACGGGAGCUAGUCAGAAUGUUCUAAAGCGGCCCAAUUGUUACUCGGGACAAUUUACUGACUAUAAGAACUGUUAUGAACCAUUCGAUUGACGUUAGCGAAAAAGAAUUUACACUGAAUUCAAAUUUUUCCAAAUAUAAGAAGUUCAAGGAACAAAUUAAACUGAAGCACUAACACAUUUUUGUAAAUCUCGUUUGCAGGCGGGAGAAAGGGAAUUUUGCCAAUUUCCCCUUUCAUUUCCCCUCGCAAUGCCUCUGCUGUUUUUUGCCCCCUAGCCCCAAACAGAGAGCCUGUUUACCAGGCUACAUAAGUGCCAUAUUCCUGAGGGAUUUAUAACAGAUCAUGGUUUAGAGACGGCUAAAAGAAUCGUUUAAAUAGUUUAGAAUAUAGUACGUUUAUUGUACUAAAUUACCUUUGGUAAUAAACAUACCUGAGGGGCAUGUCCUUCUCUUUUCCCAAAGGCUGGAAAAAUAGGAAGUGGAACUGAUAAGAGGAGAGAAGGAGGAGAAUCUCUUACUGGAACAGAAAAAGAACUUAAUGAAAACACGCAGAAGGAGACUGAAACAAAGGAAAUAUCAGGUAUAUAAGAGAAUCAAGGGCCAUUGUGGCUCUUGAAGAGAGUCUAAUUAAGGGAUUAAUAGACCUUUUUGCUGAUACGGCGGCCAUAUUGAACUAAUUCGAUUUAAGGAGUAUUAUGGGAUGUUCAGGGGGCAUGAGCACGAUCAGUUGAAAUAUAGUCUUUCACUGUAUAUUUCUCGAGAAAAAGACCAUCAAACGGCGCGUUCCCAGAGUUCUCUCCUACCCGCCCUACCCGUAGGGUGGUUAGGAGAGAACCCUGGGAACGAGGUUGCCAAACACAGCACAGCGAUCUUUUUCCCUUAUACAAUCUUAUUCUAAGAAAACUUACAGAAAAAAUGCCCGAAAGGCGCUCGUAAAUACUAAACGGAAUGUGCUCAUGCCCCCUGGGCAUCCCACAAUAUUCCUUAAAUCUUAACUUAGUCAAUAUGGCCGCCGUAUGGGUAAAAGGUUUACUGUUUAAGAAGAAUAAUUGUAUCCUGGAUAAUCAUUGAGCUCCAUUGAUGAGCUGUUAGGUGCCAGUUCGGGUGAGGUGUAAAGAGUGAGUAUAUUUCAAACAAGGGGACUGGCGCCAAUGGCCCGAUGUGGCGGCUCCCUCAUUGUUUAAGGCGGUAGAAGAUAUUUGGUCUGUUCUCACGGAUUGACAUAAUGUAUGGUCAACAAAAAAAUAAAAAAAACAAAACCCAAUAAAAAAAAUUGAAUUUGCAUUUGUAAUAAAUGAAAAAUAAGGUAAACCCAUGACAGUAAGGCCAAGAGAAAUACAAGAGAGGGGAAUGAAUACCUAAUAUAGGGGUUAAAAAUUAAAAACUAAGCAUCACACCAGGUACAUUAUUACCUAGAGAUCGUACCUCUUUCCCCUUGGCCGUGGAAUGACGCAGCUGUAGAAGAUGGAUCCUAACCUCUCGGAGUUGGUAUUAGAGUGAGGGUAAGAGAGGGAGGUUGAUUGUCUGUUUUUGCUCUGUAAAAUAAACUUACGGCGGCCUCCUUUUAUCCUUCUUGAAGGACAAUUAAGGGAUCUGACACAGCAGCUGGAAAGUAUCCAAGAGCAACUAAGACAGAAAGAGGGACAACUGAGGGAAGUGACACAGCAGUUAACAAAUGUUCAAGGGCAAUGCAACUUAAGGUGAGAGAUGGAGAAUUAAGGAAGAUGACACAACAGUUUACAAAUGUUCAAGGGCAACUGAAGGUGAGAGAUGGAGAAUUAAGGAAGAUGACACAACAGUUGACAAAUGUUCAAGGGCAACUGAAGGAGAGAGAUGGGCAAUUGAGGCAGAUGACACAACAGUUGACAAAUGUUCAAGGGCAACUGAAGGUGAGAGAUGGAGAAUUAAGGAAGAUGACACAACAGUUGACAAAUGUUCAAGGGCAACUGAAGGAGAGAGAUGGGCAAUUGAGGCAGAUGACACAACAGUUGACAAAUGUUCAAGGGCAACUGAAGGUGAGAGAUGGAGAAUUAAGGAAGAUGACACAACAGUUGACAAAUGUUCAAGGGCAACUGAAGGAGAGAGAUGGGCAAUUGAGGCAGAUGACACAACAGUUGACAAAUGUUCAAGGGCAACUGAAGGUGAGAGAUGGAGAAUUAAGGAAGAUGACACAACAGUUGACAAAUGUUCAAGGGCAACUGAAGGAGAGAGAUGGGCAAUUGAGGCAGAUGACACAACAGUUGACAAAUGUUCAAGGGCAACUGAAGGUGAGAGAUGGAGAAUUAAGGAAGAUGACACAACAGUUGACAAAUGUUCAAGGGCAACUGAAGGAGAGAGAUGGGCAAUUGAGGCAGAUGACACAACAGUUGACAAAUGUUCAAGGGCAACUGAAGGUGAGAGAUGGAGAAUUAAGGAAGAUGACACAACAGUUGACAAAUGUUCAUGGGCAAAUGGGAGAGUUGACGCAACAGUUGACAAAUUCUCAAAGACAGCUACAACAAAAAGAUGAAGAAAAUACCACCAUGGGGGAACAACUGAGGGAAAAAGAACAAGAAGUGAAUGAACUGGAAAUAUCUCUUUCAACAGCUCAACAAGCGUUAAGUGAACGUCCACGCCAACAGUCACCUGAUUGGGUCAUUUCACGUGAUCAAAUUCAGCUGACAGAGGAAUGCAUUGGUAAAGGAGGCUGGGGAAGUGUUGUCGAAGGCAAGUAUUGUGGCUGCACUGUUGCCGUGAAACAGAUUUACGAGGUGCUUCUGAACCUCUCCUCUCAUAACAGAGAAAUGUUUGAGCGAGAAAUGAGCAUCGCUUCAAAAUGCCGCCAUCCUUGUUUGCUGCUAUUCAUCGGAGCAACAAACGAUGAAGGAAGUCCUUUGUUCGUGACAGAGCUCAUGGAAACGAGUUUGCGAAAAUUGCUGGAGCAGCGAUCUCUCUCUACAGCUGAAGUGGUCGCUAUUUCUCUGGAUGUGGCGCGUGCAUUGAAUUACCUGCACCAAAAGAAACCACGCCCCAUCAUCCACCGCGAUAUCAGCAGCGCCAACGUGUUGCUAUGGCGACAAGCGGACCAAUGGCGAGGCAAAGUGUCGGAUUAUGGUGCUGCUAAUUUCAUGCAGCAUACCUUGUCAGUUUGUCCAGGUGCUGCAGUAUAUAGUGCUCCUGAAGCGUUUACUAAAAAUCAGACGGUGAAGGUAUGUCGUCUGCAUCAUAUCUAAUCUGUAUUUGUUAUUUGUUUUACUGUUGUAGACAUUCAUUAAGAAUAUUAAAUCCCUGCGAGAUACCGACCCAAGGGCUAAAAGAUGCGUUAUAUGGGUGUGAAAAAGUCGAGAAAACGUUCUGGUUUUGUGAUUUGGGGAUAAGGGGUUGUGGGAUUAGCCCUAAAUUCUCUUCCUUAGUAACCAUGCUCGACUCAUAUAUCGUCCUAAUGUAUUGUGUGGUCAGUUAGUUGACCUUAGACCUUGAUCGUGUAAUCAUCUAGAAUCAUUAAAAAAUACGUCCUUGACAGUCUAGACCAAAAGACCAAAGAUUUGAGUAUUUGGGUAAACAGUGAAAGAUUUUUGUGACCGAGUUCCGUCGUCGAGUGCUGGGUGGAAUAAAGAAUGGUAUAUAAAAGAUUCAUUUGCGGUUUUACAAUAAUGAGUCCUCUUUAGGAAUAAGAUCUAUGCCCUAGGAUUACUAACUUUGAAGUGUUUUGUGUGUUAGUACAAAGGAGUAAAAUGAUGCAAAAGGAGAUAAGUAUUGAUGUGGAACUAUAGUGCUGUUAUCGUCUAUUUUUCGUCUUCAGGUUGAUGUGUACAGUUUUGGUGUUCUCAUCUGCGAGAUUUGCAUCGGGAAACUACCAAAUCCUGACAGGCGUGCCGAGCAAGUCGCCAUGGUGAAAAAGAAACUGCUAAGAGCUCUUAUUCGUAGAUGUUUACAAGACAAUCCUCAAGACAGACCUAGUAUGGAAGACAACAUUGGUGAACUAGAAAAACUAGUUUAA